AUGGAGUUUGGGGAAAGGAAGAGGAGAAGGAAGUCACAGAGCUUUAAACUGGUCACGGAUGAAGUUUUUGAUCCAUCAUAUAUGGUGAACACCAGUUGCAAAGAUGCCAAUGGAGAGCCUAAAGAUGCUGCUGUGCCUGAUGUUUGGUUAGGGGAUGAGGGCAUGGAGAUCAAGAGGCAGAUCACUGGGAUGAUGAGGCUUCUGAGUGACAAGGCCGGCAGGGUGUAUCAGCGUGUUGGAGCGGAGCGGGACAGCUUACAGAAGGAGCCCCAAGAUGAGCACCUGAGCUGGGCACACCAACCAGCUACCUUGUCUCUCGCCCUGGAGGACCAACAAACCAACAGCUGGAGCCCUGCAGGGGAUCCAGGGCCUUCACCUUCAUCCAUAUCCACCCCUGUCCCCAAUGGUCCGGGCUGCAGCCAGUACAGCACCCGCUCCAAAGCCCUCCGGAUCCUCAACAACACCAAGGAUCUGAUCAAAGUGAAUGAAGCUAACGACAUCGUCCCUCCUGCUGCAUCAGAAAGCCCCUGCUGUAUGUGUAACUGUAAGGGGACGUUGCAGGCUAUUUUGCAGGAACUACGUACCAUGAGGAGGCUAAUGCAGACUCAAAAAGCCUCCCUGGAAAAGCAGGAGCAGGCAGCCCCACAAUGCCAACCUCGCCUCGGGCCUGGCCCCGCUCCACGUCGCAGGCCCCGCAAGAGGAGGCCCAUCUAUAAGGUGACACCACUGACGGCGUCCAACAGAAGAGCCGCUGUCUCCCCUCCGGCACCUUCGUCACUUACAGCUGCACCGGUCGAAUCUGAAAAGAGGGAGGACCACAAGAUGGAGAAAGACUCAUCCACACCCAGCACCCAACACGUCUCUCCCGAGAUUUCUGCACUGCCAGCUCAGAAGAAUCCAGUAGCCAUCACUGAUACACACAAUCCCUUCAGCCAACAGAGGGGCCCUCAGUCCAUAGAGUCCGAGGUGCGGCUGGCGGAGGAUUAUGAUGUGUUUAUCUCCAAGGCCCAGCUAGACUCCAUCCUGGUCAACUAUACACGCUCCGGCAGCCUGCUGUUCCGCAAACUGGUGUGUGCCUUCUUUGAUGAUGCUACCCUGGCUAACUCUUUGCCCAAUGGCAAGAGGAAGAGAGGGCUCAACGAUAACCGCAAGGGCCUGGACCAGAACAUUGUGGGAGCCAUUAAAGUGUUUACAGAGAAGUACUGCACUGCACAUAGGAUAGAGAAGCUUCCCGGUCCUCGAGACUGGGUUCAGAUCCUUCAAGAUCAGAUCAAACUAGCCAGAAGGAGGCUGAAAAGAGAUGCUGCAGAUGCGGAGGAUGUCUUGAACGGACCUUGCACAAGCUGUGAUUAUAACAAGACUGCCAGUGUGGUCGAGACGGUGGAGAACAUGACCGGCUGAUUUCGAGGGCUGCCACCAUGGCCUUGCAACAAAUAUGUUGCUUUUGCUGUCUUCAUUAUUCCUCUGACUUGACGCAUUGUACCACUUUAGAUAUUCUAUGUUGCAGCUGUUAAUGCUCUGUUUUGUGGUUGUAAAGAAAAAAAUACUGG